AUGGUGAGGGGGAAGACGCAGAUGAGGAGGAUAGAGAACCUGGCCAGCCGGCAGGUAACCUUUUCCAAGCACCGGAGAGGCCUUCUGAAGAAGGCCUUUGAGCUCUCCGUGCUCUGCGAUGCCGAGCACCAAAUGUCAAGUAUUCCCCAAGAGUUAAAUGCAUAUUUUGCAUUUUUGUUCGAACUUAUUGCUGGGAGGGGACCUUCUAUGGGUUUGAAUGUUAACCUUAGCCGAUAUGAUCUGUUUCAUGGCCAUCUCUUCAUUGCUGACUCUGGAAGACUUGGCAUUCUUUUGCCCCUAACACAAUUUCAUAUGCCAAUAGUAGUUUUUGUGGUUGUUGUUGUUGUGAUGCAGCUCAAGAAUGUUCACCAUGCCGGUCAACCAAUGCCUGGUGAGGAGCAAGAAGAUAUAGUCAUGACCAGUACCCAGAAUAACCUAUUAAAUAUGAAGUGCCCUUUGACAGGAAAGCCUGUUACAGAAUUGCAAAAUCCUGCCCACUGGUAA